AUGUCUGGACGAGGCAAAACUGGCGGCAAGGCCAGAGCUAAGGCCAAGACCAGGUCUUCCCGUGCUGGGCUGCAGUUCCCAGUUGGUCGUGUCCACAGGCUGCUGCGAAAAGGCAACUACGGCGAGCGUAUCGGUGCCGGCGCCCCAGUCUACCUGGCUGCCGUGCUCGAGUACCUGACAGCUGAGAUUCUGGAGUUGGCUGGAAACGCAGCCCGCGACAACAAGAAGACUAGAAUUAUCCCCCGUCAUCUGCAGUUGGCCGUCCGUAAUGAUGAGGAGCUUAACAAACUCCUCGGGGGCGUGACAAUUGCUCAGGGUGGUGUCUUGCCUAACAUCCAGGCUGUUCUGCUGCCCAAGAAAACCGAGAAGCCCCCCAAGAAGUAA